AGGGCGGGAUAGUUGCGGCCACAAGAAGGGGCUUCCGGCGGCGAGGAGCCGUGAUUGGUGGAGCCUAGGGGAGGGGGCGGGGCACCGGGAAAUUCGAAUAGGAGAGGCGGGUCAAAAGAGGGAGUGGAAUGGACGCGGGGGUCCCGGCGCAGCCGAGGCGACGCGAGAUGGCGGCGGCGACCUCAGGAGCUGGUCGCUGUCGGCUAAGCAAGGUGGGAGCUGGCCGGCGCCCGCCUCCAGCUCGAGUAAGGGUGGCUGUGCGACUGCGGCCAUUUGUGGAUGGAACAGCUGGAGCAAAUGAUACCCCCUGUGUACGGGGCCUGGACAGCUGUUCUCUAGAGAUUGCCAACUGGAGGAACCACCAGGAGACUCUUAAAUACCAGUUUGAUGCCUUCUAUGGGGAGAGGAGCUCUCAGCAGGAUAUCUAUGCAGGAUCUGUGCAGCCCAUCCUAAGGCACUUGCUGGAAGGGCAGAAUGCCAGUGUGCUUGCCUAUGGGCCCACAGGGGCAGGGAAGACACACACAAUGCUUGGCAGCCCAGAGCAACCUGGAGUGAUUCCCCGGGCUCUCAUGGACCUCCUACAGCUCACAAGGGAGGAGGGUGCUGAGGGCCGGCCAUGGACCCUCUCUGUCACUAUGUCCUACUUAGAGAUCUACCAGGAAAAGGUAUUAGAUCUCUUGGAUCCUACAUCAGGAGACCUGGUGAUCCGAGAAGACUGUCGAGGAAACAUCCUGAUUCCAGGCCUCACACAGAAGCCUAUCACUAGCUUUACUGAUUUUGAGCAGCACUUCCUGCCAGCCAGUCAAAAUCGGACGGUAGGAGCCACCCGGCUCAACCAGCGCUCCUCUCGCAGUCAUGCUGUGCUCCUGGUUAAGGUGGAUCAGCGGGAACGUUUGGCCCCAUUUCGCCAGCGGGAGGGGAAACUCUACCUGAUUGACUUGGCUGGCUCAGAGGACAACCGGCGCACAGGCAACAAGGGCCUGCGGCUGAAGGAGAGUGGAGCCAUCAACACCUCCCUCUUUGUACUAGGCAAAGUGGUAGAUGCGCUGAACCAGGGUCUUCCUCGUGUGCCUUACCGGGACAGCAAGCUCACUCGCCUGUUGCAGGACUCUCUGGGUGGCUCAGCCCACAGCAUCCUCAUUGCCAACAUUGCCCCCGAGAGAUGCUUCUACCUAGACACAGUCUCUGCACUCAACUUUGCUGCCAGGUCCAAGGAGGUGAUCAACCGGCCUUUUACUAAUGAAAGUCUGCAGCUUCAUGUCUUGGCACCUGUUAAACUGUCUCAGAAAGAACUGCUAGGCCCAGCAGAGGCAAAGAGAGCCCGAGGCCCUGAGGAAGAAGAGACUGGAAGUCCUGAGCCCUCAGCAGCUCCAGCCUCUGCCUCCCAGAAACUCAGCCCCCUACAGAAGCUAAGUAGCAUGGACCCGGCCAUGCUGGAGCGCCUCCUAAGCUUGGACCGGCUGCUGGGCUCCCAGGGGAGCCAGGGGACCCCUCUGCUGAGCACCCCAAGGCGAGAGCGGAUGGUGCUCAUGAAGACAGUGGAGGAGAAGAAUUUGGAGAUUGAGAGGCUUAAGAUGAAGCAAAAAGAACUGGAAGCCAAGGUGCUGGCCCAGGAGGCUACGGACCCAAAGGAGAAAGAGAAUUGCUCUCCCAUAACGCAUCGACCCCUUGGCCGCCGUACAGUCACGGUGCCUAAGCCCCUCAAAAAGGCUGUGGUGAUGCCCCUACAACUGAUUCAGGAGCAGGCAGCAUCCCCAAAUGCUGAGAUCCAUAUCCUGAAAAAGAAAGGCCGGAAGAGAAAGGUAAGAGUACCUGGAGGCUUAAGCUACACCUAGAGCCUAGAAGUAAGGGGUAGUGAGCUCUAGAGGGAAGAGCCCUGGCCAUGGAGUUACCGAACCUGUCAGAACACUUACCAGCUAUUUACA